UGACGUCCUCCACCGAAAAUCUCCGAUAUAAAAAUGGAGGAUUGCUUUCUUCUUUGAGAACUGCCAUCUCGGAUAAAAGAUCUGUGUCGCCAAACUUGCGCGACACUUUGGAUUAUUUUAUGACCUUUGAUUUCUUAAGAUCCAUAUCAAAUUAAUUUAGUGCAGUUUAUUUUGUUUCGAUUGUGUAAAUUAGUGCUGUGUGGUCUAGUCUAAAUGAAAAAAUACUUUUAAUUUUAAUUAUGCUCGUCUCAGAAGAAAACAAUUCCCAGUUCAGUGAAUUCUAUUUCUAGCGUAGUCUAGAUUUUUCUAGUGAAGUGUAAUAUUUCUGACGUCAUUGAGUGUUUCUAAAUCUGUGCCUUUAAUAAACAUUGGAUUUAGCAGAACAACCAUGACUACUUUAACUGACUGUACAAUUGGAAGUACAACCACGGACAAUAACAACAUUAAGCCAUUGUCUGAGAUGACUGGGUCAGUGCAUUCCCCUACAAGCCCAAAAGCACCCAUGCAGACGGGCCCUAAGCACAAACUUAUCUAUGAAGCAGAUGUCCAAGUGUGUCGUUUGAAUCACACACGGACGAUAGUUAGUAAAAUAAUGAACUCCAGAUAUCUAAGACGUUGGGAGAGUCAUAGAAUUGUAUUGGAUCAUAACGAAAUGAGAUCUACAACUCCUACCGGCUUCAUGGAGCUAGCCGUACCAUAUUCCAGUAUAGAGGAUGUACACAUCGUCUCCAGGUGGGACGCUGGCCAGAAGUUUUGUCUUCGCAUCACAAUACAAGACGGUUCAGUACUAUUGCAGGCCAACAACUCAUACAUCCGUGACCAAUGGUUGCAUUCCAUCCAGUGGAAACGUCACAUCUUCAGGUCAGAGAGACUCCUGAAGAACGCUAGGAGGCCUGAAGUUCUAGUCAAAGAAAUCAAGAACCUAAUUGACGUUUCUCUAAUCACCCCAAUCCAAGAUUCCUCAGUCUACAGGUUUCCAUUAGACCUGGUCUCUGAUCUUCUUCAGCAGAAUGACGAGUUUCUUGGGAAAGAAUUCCAAGAGAGUAUCAUUGUGGCCUUGACCCCUCUGUUAGAAAAGAACCAUCCCACCCAGGAGAUAUGUGAAUUCUUCAGCAAGCACUGCAAAGACAGCCCUAGGUCAACAUUGGUGAUUGAGUUGUUCACGCCAGUGGUCCAUCGAAUACUGAAACACAAUACAGACUUUGGGAAAUAUCCUCGAAUGAGAACUUUUGUGCAAGAGUACAUCCAGGCAUUGAACUGUCAGAAUGAUGGGCUCAAAGUGGUCCAGGCUCUGGUCAAGAGCAUGCAUGGUCCAGGGAGCAAUUGCCCCCAUCCCAGAGUACUGCCCAAUCUGGUGGCUGUGUGCCUGGCUGCAAUCUACAAUUGUUAUGAGGAGAGGAAGAACCAUGACAACGUGAACAGUGAAGACUUUGACCAGAUAGAAUGGGAAAACAAACUCUUGUGCUAUGUAUCUAUGAUGGAGACCAUGUCUGAGUUUGAUGACUGGAGAUAUGUUUUAGGAAGUCUUCUCCAGCCUAUACCAUUUCCUGACGACGCCAUCGCAGAUUCUCUCUUCACAUCUCGCAUGAAGGUGACCAUACACAACGUCUCAUCAGACCAGACUUGUGGAGUCCAUCAGACACUACUGGGCAUCAGAGAGGGCAAGGAGGGCUGGUUCCACCUGUAUUGCCCUGGGGGCAUUGCCUGCGAUGAUGACGGACAGCUCUGGGGGGUCAUGCUCAAUACAUUGAUGAAAUGUUGUUGCAAGAGGAAAAAGUUUCUGAUGAGUAUCUCCAAGAUGAUAGGUCCCAUCAUGUUACUGGCCCUGAGAGAUAAUUUUGCUGCCAUUGAGGUUCUGUGUGCCAUGUUGGAGCUGGAAGUGGUGGAGGGUCACGACAUGAAGAUGCAGAUGAUCACCACUCUGCAGAGCACCUGUGAGGGCAAGCGGAUGUAUGCCCAGCUGUGCGAGCGACAGAUCGCGAUCAAAGAAAUGCAACAGAAAGGUGGGCCAAAGAAACUCACGCUGCCCAGUAAGUCCACAGACUUGGACUUGACCCGAAUGUUAAGCUCUGGAUCUUUUGGUAAUCUCGAGUGCCUAAGCCUGGCUUUCACUCAAGUGACCAGCGCGUGUGCCCACGACCUGAUCAAACUGCCAUCUCUGCGAUACCUAAAUCUCUGGUCAACACAGUUUGGGGAUCAAGGCUUACAGAUCAUCUCUGAACAUCUUCAUAAACUUCAAGUCCUUAAUUUGUGUGAGACACCAGUGACUGACAAAGGUCUUACUUGCCUUGCCUCAAUGAAGAGCCUUCGGAAACUGAACCUAAACAGUACCAAUUUGUCUGCCCUUACCUUUGAAGGCCUAAAGGAGAAACUCCCUGCUCUGCAAGAGUGUGAUGUCCGCUAUACUGACGCUUGGUGACUGUAGGCCAAGGGAGUGAGUGCCUACUAGUUGGCCAAGAGUUGUCUUGCACACAAAUCUUGGGAGAGUUCCUCCCCUUGACUCCCUCUACACUGCCUUAUGUGCACCAGCAACAAAUCUUUCUCUCUGUGGAUAUAUCUAACUUUAAUGUGACUUGAUUGGGAUACACAAUAACGGUUGUCAAUGUGUUCUAUUCACAAAUGUGUACUGUUUGUUGACAUGAUUGGAAUGACCCGUCAACUUCAGCUUUCUUCAUGUGUACUACAAAAUAUCUCUCUUUGAGUUGACAUGUUUUAUGUUCAACUGUUUUGUUUUUUUGUCGUUAUUUUAUUUUUUUUUUUCACUUUUUAAAUAACUUGAAGAAAAAACAAUGAAUCUACUAUGACCAGGGUUGAUACACUUUGAUUUUUUUAUUGUUUCAAUUUGUAUGUUCUUAGAAAUGUAUACCAUGUCAUAGUGGGUGCUAUAAGUUUAUAUAGUAAACUGUUAGGUUUGGUUUGACUUCUAGACAAGCUGUAACAAUCAAACCAGUAUAGGGGGAGGGGGGGGGGUUAAAAUGUUAGAUGGACACGUGCCAGAUGUGAAGAAAAGAAAUAUUAAAUAGAAUGCAACAUUAUGAUAGUUUCUUAAUACUGUCUACUUUCCAAGUCUUUUUUUUUAUAUUUCGAAUACCAGAUUUUGUUUGGUUCAUCCUGUUGUUAUUGCAUUUGUGUAAGUUGAUUGAAGCAGAUUUUUUGGGUCAUUGUUGGAAUUGGAUAAUGACCUCCUGCAGUUUUCAGCAGUUCAGUACAAAAUUUGUUUAACAUCAUAAGAGUUACACACUUGAAAAGUUAGAACCUCUGAUGGCCAAGAAAUAGUAGGUUGAUCUUAAGCUGAACAGGGUCUAGCAAAGUACUUUUGGAAGUACGUAACUCUUUGAGUGGAUUCAACAAUUAGUCUCAGAGCUUUAAAAUGUUGUGUGCUCAUUUGGUACGAUUCAUAUGUUGUGAACUUCAAGUUGUGACCUUUUUAGCCUUUCUCUAGUCCUUUGUAAGGGUCAUUUCCAUUGGACAGCCAAAAUUUGAAUGCAGCUAGUAGUUAGUAUUAAACAGAGAUACAUUGUAUGCCAUACAGCUAAUGAUAGUGGACGUGGCAUUAAAGCAUUGGUUUAUUAGUUGGGUUAUGUUUGGGUUUUUUAAGUGCUUUCAUCCAAACAUGUUCUGGGUUAUUUUGAACACAUAAGUUUUUAAUGCUGAUUGAAUUUAAGUGUUGUUUUUUUUUUUUUGUUUUGACUCUGGAUGAAGACUGCUCACUGUUAAGUCUCACACAAGCAAGAGAACUGAUGAGACUUAUGUCAUUUCAAAACCAUCUUCUUUUCAUUGUAUUCAGCCCACGGACCCUGACGGAAACGACCUUUUUCUUAACAUACCCUAACUGAAAUGACCUUUUUGUCAUUGUACACAUAGUGUGCGUCUUGGCUGUUUUCAAAUCAUUUUUUAAUGAGAGAAAAACAAACUACUUGUCUUGACUCUAUAUCCAAUAACUGUAUAAAGUUCUUAUGAGUUUAAAAUUUAAUCAUGAUUAUAUUCUACAUUGGAACUAAGUAUAGUUUUUAAAUAAACCGCAAACUUUUUUUUUUUGACCAUUAUUUUAAUAUUACAUUUAGCCCUGAGUUUUGAGAACUUCUGUGAGGUAUCAUUACAUAAAUUAAUUGAAUAGUUUCAUAACGUCACGAAGUUGAACCGGUACUGAACCUUAGUUUGUUAUUUUAGUCACUAUGAACUUCUAAAGCAAUAUGAAGAGAAUAUGUCUACAAGAUCUGAGCAUUUAGAUUCCACUGCCUUUUGAAAAAUUCUUCCCUAGCUUGCUUCUGCUCAUUCUUGAACAAUGUUUGGUUGUGACAAAACUAAAAGCUUUGACAUUUUAUCUAUGCUUAGAGGAAAUCAAACUGCCAAGAGAAGUGUCUAGCAAAAUAUCAAAACAUUG